AUGGCUUUGGAUCAAUCUCACCAACUCAAGCGAAGCUUAAAUGAUGGUUCUUCUACAUCUUCGUCCGAUACAGAUGAAGAAACAGUUGCGACUUUUAACAGUUGCGACUUCGGAGGUUUGUAAAUUCCUUGAAACAUACCUUUUCCAAACGUAAAAUUAGUUAAUAAUAUACAAGACCGAUACAAAUAAUUUCAUGAAUCAAAAGCCGGAAAGGCAAGAUACUGUAAGCAGUGAAUUGUUCCGGCAUCAUAUGCUAGUAUAGUUUGUCUUAUGAGCAUAUAAACUUUCUUCUAGGUGUGUCCGCUGCGUCUUGUGAUAUAAUAAAGACUAAUUCUGACACAAAUAUGCCAGAAAAUUCAGGAGAUGACCAUGUAAGUAUCUUACAUUGAAAAGCUGACUCGACAAUCAGAAGCUAAAAAUUCAUUUGUAAUUUACGAUAAUUUUCUGCAGUACAGUUUGUUUAAUAGUUAAUAUAGAAAACAAACUGAUGUAAAUCAAUAAGACCAACAAUCAGAUAUAAGUGUGAACUUUCAAAUAUAUACGCUUAUAUUUAUGCCAUCCCAUUAUGGAACCAACUCAUAUUCAUACCUGUUCAAUGCCCCCAACUCAAACCUAAUUGUACAGAAAAUGCUACCCCCGACGAUCUAGAGCUCUGGAAAUCUCAACACCCCCCCUCCUUAUGUACGAAUAUCUUCACGAAAACGUUUGCAAUUGCUCGCCAUCACAACAACCCAAGUAAAUAUAUUAUACUUAUUGUAUUUUUAUGAUUUAUGAUAAAAAUACGCAAAUAUUUAUUGUUUUUUAUCCGCAUAAAUCAUAAAAAUAAAAUAAAUGUAUUAAGUUGGGUUGCUGUGGUGGCAAACAAACGUUUCGUGAAAAUAUUUGACCCCCCCUGUCAUUUUCGCGAAGAUUGCAUGUUACUUUCAAAUUAUUUGUGAAAAUAUAUAAUGUAUUAUAAUAAUAAAGUGUAUUACAUUUAUAGAAAACAAUGAUAACCCUUAUGAAAUCUACAAUAAUUAUACUAAAUUAAGCAUAGUUUUUCAAGCCAUGAUAAUUUUUAGGAAAUAAGAAAAUUGAAUUUCUAGGCAUAUUAGUUAUUUUCUUUUCUUGCAAAAUAUUAUACUCGGACAAAUUUUUCCUUGCAAUAACCACCAGUAAAAGCAAUUCUUCUAAAUACUAUAAGCACUUCAGAACAGCUGUUGCUUUUGAUUUUCGGAGUUAGUAUCAGCUCACUGUCAUGGUCAUUUUACCCUAAAACAGUUGAGAUUAUACCUGUGCUAAAUGAAACGCAUACAAACUCUUGUAUAUACAGACCCUAGACUAAGUUUAGUUUCUACACGUAAGGUGGAAUUUUAAAGUUUUUCUUGUUAUUUUACAGUUUUGAACAUUAACGCCAGCGCGAACAUGCGAAGAUGAACAUAUGCAAGUAAUUCUUCUUACUAUUCAUUUUUUUAGGACAGUGACAGUGACAUAAAUUCCAAUUGUGGUCAUGAUCAGGCAAAUGAUGAACUGCUAGAAGACGUCAGUACUGAAUUGUCGGAAGACGAAAGUAGUGAUGAUGAAAUUUGGCCGGAGGUGUCAGAGCAACUACUGGAUCAAGACAUCACUUCGAAGAAACCUCUUCCAGAUCCCGUACCGAAGCGAAGAAAG